GUUCGUGUCAUAUGAUCAAUUUGUGAAUUGAUAUUGAACUGCGGGGAGUGUCUCAAAUUCGUGGUUCUCCCGUUUAAAAUAACAAUGUUGAAACUAUUUUUCUGUUUCGUAGCUGUUUUGGUUACAGUGAAUGCAACCGGAGAUUUGGUAAUUUUCCAUUCUCCAGACAGUGUAUUAUUUCACGGGAAUGAUGAAGUUGAACAGAGCUUGCUUACAGAAGUAUUUACUGCGGCUUUGGGUUACACUGCUAAACUGAAAGGAACAUGGAGCUGUAUGUCCAUCACGAAUCCAUUUGGACUUCCAGAAGCUGUGGUUGCGGAAGUUAUUGAAGGAGUGGAUUCUUUGGAUAUACCAAAAGCCAUUUUAGAUACAUCAAAAAGGUUUCCUCUAAAUGUUAAUGAGGGUGAGGAAACCACAUGGCAGGCUUUUAGACAACGUCUUGAUGAAAGAGACGAUGAUAAUACUUUAGUAAGAAUAUCCUUAGGCGAUGGUGUUGAUGCUUUGGGACAGUCUGCUCUUGGAGAACUGAAACCAACUCCUAUCGAUGAAACAUCUUUAAAGGUAUUAAAUCCAGAGAAAAAAGAAGAUAAGGAAUUCCUCGAAGAAGUGCAAUUGCUACAUGCCAUUGCAGAAAAAGUACUUUCUGCAACUAAACCAGAUUCAAAACCUGAUAUUUAUUGGCUAGUUAUAUCUGGUUUGCGUCCAGUUUUUGAUGCCUAUGGAAGCAAUUCAACUGCUUCUCAAGAAGCUCUAUCCUUGCUGAACAAUGCCUUGAAUGUUGUUCGUGAUGCAUUUAUUCAGGCUUAUGAUGGCAAGGUAUUAAUUGCGGCCUUCACAAAUGAUGCAAGUAAGGUACAUCACAUCCGUUCUGUCACUCUGGAAAGGCAAAGACGAGAUACUACCACGGAUAAUAAGAUUAAAAGUGUAGGAUCUACUUUGGAACUUAAACAGCUGUACAAUAAUACAAAUUUUAAUAAUAAUAAUAUUGUAAUUAAGCAAAAUGAUCAACAAGGUGAAGACAAAAAAAUAGAAGAUGAAGAGGAUUCAAACACAAAUAAUAAUAGCACUAGCGAAUCCAACAGUGACACAAGCUUCACUACUGCAAAUAGUCAUAGCGGAGUCACUGAAACUGAUCAGGAUUUGACUAAUACGGAGUAUGACAUAAACUCUAACACACUUAUAGGACAGGUAUCACAAAGACUUUAACAAGAAAUUAUCUAUAAUCUUGCGAAAAAAUAUUCACCGAAUUAUCCAAUCAUGUUUAACAUCUUUUUGUGGUUUGGAGUUAUUUUUGUUUUUUCACUCCUCGCUAUUUGCAUUGCCAUUUCUGAAAUGGAUCCAGGACGUGACUCCAUAAUAUACAGAAUGACAUCCAAUCGUAUGAAGAAAGAUAAUUAAGUGUAAAUAAAAGUUAACAAUAUUCGAAUUAAUACAGUUUCUUUAUACAUGUAAACUGUACUUAAACCAUCAACUUUACUUCAUGAAGACUCAUAAUUGUACGGCAGCAAUAUAACAGCUACUGUAACAUAUUUGUAUGCACAGUAGUUGUAUCAUGUAUAAUGUGAACAAUCCAUUUAGUAUUCUGUUGUUGUAUAUUUUAUAGAAUUAUUACGUAACCGUAUGGUAUCCGUGUAUAGCAAUGUGUACAAAUAUAUUUACUGUAAUUUAAGUUUAAUAUAAGUAAUUGAAGAUGGUAGUAAAAGUCAACACAUGUUAAGUGUACAGUUACUAAAUAAAAUU